GUGCGACUGGCGGAGUGGUAGGAACCGUACAGAGUGGCUGUCCAACUUUCACCAGAAACAUGGUGAAAUCGGGAAAGCUUCGGUCCGGAACCGCACAGAAACUGAAGCGAUGGAAGAAAGGUCACAGUAGUGACUCGAACCCGCAAGCAAGCCGGCAUCGACAAGCUGCCAGAAGUCGCUUUUUUAGCCGUCCUACGGAGAAAAGUGACCUCACCGUAGAUGCUCUCAAACUCCACAAUGAGCUGCAGGCAGGACCCCUGGAGACGAGGGAGGGUGGCCUCGGAGAUGCCUGCUCCACGGAGGAGGCGGCGUUCUCGGAGAGGACCUCGGGCACCUUCCUCAGCGGUCUGUCGGACUGCUCCAACCUCACAUUCCGGAAGGUCCAGCGCUUCUGGGAGUCCAACUCCGCCGCUCACAAAGAGAUCUGUGCUGUUCUUGCUGCCGUCACCGAGGUGAUCCGCGCCCAGGGGGGGAAGGAGACGGAGACGGAGUACUUUGCUGCUCUGAUGACCACCUUGGAGGCGGUUGACUCCAGUGAGUCUUUGGCUGCAGUGGCAUACCUACUGAAUCUAGUGAUGAAAAGAGUACCGGCUCCGGUUUUGAUCAAGAGGUUCUCGGACACGUCCAAAGUGUUCAUGGACAUCAUGUCUGCACAGGCCAACUCCGACUCCUCCACCGCCUUGCGUUGGAUACUGUCCUGCCUGGCCACCUUGCUACGGAAGCAGGAGCUGUCAGUGUGGAGUUACCCCUCCACCCUGCAGGUGUACCACGGCCUGCUGAGCUUCACCGUGCACUCCAAACCCAAGGUGCGUAAGGCUGCCCAGCACGGCAUCUGCUCCAUCCUGAAAGGCAGUGACUUCCUGUUCACUGACUCCGCCCCCUCACACCACCCUGCUGCAGUGACCACCGCCAAGUUCUGCAUCAAAGAGAUGGAGCAAGCUGGUGGCAGUAAAGAGGACACCACCACCCUCCACGUACUGGGGUUGCUGAAGGACCUGCUGACCGGCUUCCCCCUCAGUGCUGUCAAGUCGUGCUGCGAGACUCUGCUUCGCGUCAUGACCCUGAGCCAUGUGCUGGUGACGGCAGGUGCCAUGCAGGCCUUCCACAAGCUCUUCAGUGCCAAGCCCAACCCCGCCACCCUCUCCGCCGAGCUCAACGCCCAGAUCAUCACGGCUCUGUAUGAUUACCUGCCCAGUGAGAAUGACCUGCAGCCCUUGCUGGCCUGGCUGGCUGUUAUGGAGAAAGCCCACAUUCACCUGUCCAGUAUGCAGAGCUCUCUGAGUCUGGGUCACCUGCCUCGUCUCUUCUCCACAGCCAUGUCCUGCUUGCUUUCCCCGCACACGCAGGUCGUUUCCACGGCAGCGCAGACUCUGAAGACUCUCCUGACCGAGUGUGUAGCCCCACACAUGGCAGAGGUGGGGCUGGUCACGGCCACCGCCUCCACCGGACACGCCUCCUACAUCUGCAAGAUGUUCCGCAUCGUGGAGGAGGGGCUGACCUACCGCUUCCACUCCUCCUGGCCCUUCGUAUUUCAGGUGCUGGGCUGCUUCUACAGGGUUGCCGGGAAACAGGCGCAUCCCAUCAUGGCCAAGAGCCUGCAGUCCCUCAGUGACCUCCGGGCCACACCUCGCUUCCCCUUCUCUGGUGAGCUGGACCUGGCAGUAGGGGGCGCUGUGGAGAGCAUGGGCCCGGAGGUGGUCCUAACCGCAGUCCCCCUGCAGAUCACUGGAACACAGGAUGACAUGGAGUUCCCCCGCAGCUGGCUGAUCCCCGUCAUCCGGGACCACGUGAAGAACACCCAGCUGGCCUACUUCGCUUCCUACUUCCUGCCGCUGGCCGUCACUCUCAGACAGAGAGCUGAGGAGCUGGAGAAAGAAGGGCAGAAGCUGGAGGCCAAGGUGUAUCAGACGCUGCAGCUGCAGAUGUGGACCAUGCUGCCAGGGUUCUGCAUGAAGCCCACUGACCUCACGACAUCCUUCAGGGGCAUCGCCCGGGCGCUGGGCAUGGCCAUCAACGAGCGGCCGGACCUGCGGUUGACCAUUUGCCAGGCCUUACGCACCCUCAUCAACAAGAGCUGCGAGACAGAGGAGGAGAAGGCUGAAGUCAGUCGCUUUGCGAAGAACUUUCUGCCCAUCCUGUUCAACGUGUACAGUACUCAGCCUGCCCCUGGCGAGAGUGCCCCCUCCAGGAUGGCUGUGCUUGACACAAUCAAAGUCUACCUGACCAUUACUGACCUACAGUUGGUGUGCACGUUCCUGCAGAAGGCCACGGAGAAGCUCAGCGCUGCGGACAGCACAGAGUUCACACGGCUCUCUGUGAUGGAUCUGGUGGUCGCCAUGGCGCCGUGUGUGGACGAGGCCACCAUGACCAAAACCUACGAGCUCAUGAGGCCGUACCUGGAGAGCAAGGAGGCGGGGCUACAGAAGAAGGCGUACCGCGUGCUGGAGGAGAUGUGUGGGGGACAGAGGGAGGCCUGCCGCCAGUUUGUCCUGGCCAACCUGGAGCAGCUCCAGAAGGUUCUGCUGGGCUCGCUGAAGAGCGCCGCCUCACCCGCCAAGAGGCCCAGACUGAAGUGCCUGAUCCACAUUGUGAAGCAGUUGAGUGAGGAGCACAGGGAGUUCAUUGCAGCUCUGUUGCCAGAGGUUAUCAUCUGCACCAAGGAGGUGUCAGUGGGGGCUCGCAAAAACGCCUACACUCUGCUGGUGGAGAUGGCCCAGGCCUUCAUCCGCUUUUGCGGCAAUUCCAGAGAGGCCAUGGAGCAGUACCUGGCGUUGGUCUACGUCGGGCUGAGCGGCUCCGUCACCAUGAUCACGUGCACUGUGCUGGCCCUGACCCGGCUCGUCUUUGAGUUCAAAGAUUCGAUGGACGUGGCAGUGCUGGAGCAGCUCCUCCAAAACGUCUGCCUCCUGCUCAUGUCCCGAACGCGGGAGAUCGUCAAGGCGGCGCUGGGCUUCAUCAAAGUCAUCCUCUUCAUCAUGGACAUCAAAGUCCUGGCCAGCCACGUGCCCGUCAUCAUGGAGGGAAUUGGGAAUAUCAAAGACGAUGUAAGGAGGCAUUUCAGGACGAAACUGAAGAACAUCUUCACCAAAUUCAUCCGCAAGUUUGGGUUUGAACUGGUCAAGAGCAUGCUGCCGGAGGAGCACCACAAGGUGCUGGCCAACAUCCGCAAGGCCGAGGCCAGAACCAAGAGACGCAAGCUGAUGCAAAAGGCUGAGGAGGAGGGCUCAGAGAGCGAGGAGGACACCCCCAAGGCCAAGGGAGAGAGCAUCGAGGAGAUCCUCGCCGAGUCUGACUCGGACGACUCUGAGGACGAGAAGCCCAAGAAGGGCCAGAAGAAGCCGGCGCGCCAGAAGGGCCAGGCCUGGCUCAAAGAGGGAGAGGCGGACGAACCACUCAACUUCCUCGACCCCAAAGUGUCGCAGAGAGUUCUCGCUACAAACCCAGACUUGAAGAAGGCCAGCAAGGUUCAGCACGGUUUCAAGGUGACAUCAGAUGGACGUCUGAUCAUUCGAGAAGAGGGAGACGAGGAUGAAAAAGCUAAAGGUGAUGAUGGAGAAAUGAAAGAUAUUUUGGAGGAAGCUGGAGUUAAGAGCAAAAAGACUCAGAAAAGGAGAUUCCAAGAUGAUGACUUUGAUGACGAUAUGGACAUUGAGCCUCAGCUGAAAUACAAAGCUGGUGGCUCUGGGAUCCACAGGCCUCUGUCACAGAAAGGGGAAUCAGGAGCAGACUACAGAGCCAAGAAGGGAAGAGGCGAUAUUAAGAAGAAAGGCAAGGUUGACCCGUACGCCUACAUCCCGCUGAAGAAAGCUCAGCUCAACCGAAGGAAAAAGGCCAAGCUGCAGGGCCAGUUUAAGGGGAUGGUGAGAGGGGCGCAGAAGGGGGCCAAGCUGGGGAAGAGGAUGCAGAGGAGCAAGAGGAAGGCCUGACGCCCUCAUGACCGGGCCCAGCGAAGGAAACCAGUGUGUGUGUGUGUGUGUGUGUGUGUGUGUAUGAGUGUGUGCGCGUGUGUGAGAUUUUGUAUUAGGACUGGCUCUUCUCUCAGACGGAAGGGUUAGGGAGCUGCUCUGUGCUGGUUCCUGACCCCUCCCGCACCCCCUUCAGUCAGUCACGCCUCCACAUCGGCAGAUUCUACCCCACCAUACCCCAGCACAGCCCCUGCCCUGUUGAAGAUCUGCGGACACUCAUCGUUAUGGAGGGACUGAAUGUGCUCCAAGAGGAAGCCACUCUCCUGUGGAUAGAGGCAUGUUUUGUCAGUUGAUUAAACUGAAACAAAUUUUAAAAAAUCCAUCGAGAUGUUCCAAUGGAUUGUAAAGCUGUCGGUCAUGGAUCUCUCUAUUUAUGUAUUCUGCCAAAAGCAUCUUCUCAGAAA